GAGGCGGCCUCCUCCUCCUGGGUCGGCCGUGCGGGCCAUGUCGUCGGCCCUGUCGCUGUCGCUGUCGGCGGGGGUGUCCCCGCCGUCGCCGUCCCCGCUGUCCCCGCUGUCGUCGCCGUCGCCGUCCCGCCGGCAGUCGUGCUACCUGUGCGACCUGCCCCGGAUGCCGUGGGCCGUGGUCUGGGACUUCAGCGAGCCCGUCUGCCGCGGCUGCGUCAACUACGAGGGCGCCGACCGCGUGCAGCUGGUCAUCGACGCCGCCCGCCAGCUCAAGAGGGGCCACGGCGGGGGCGGGGGCGGCCACCCCGGCGCCGGCGGCAGGACGCCCCCGCUCCCGCCGCACGACCGCCACCCGCGCCCCGGCGCCCUCCCGCUCCCCAACGGGUUCCCGCCCAAGGCGGAGGAGCCCCCGGACCCGCCGCGCCGCCCGCUCGGGCCCGCCUUGACGCCUCUGCUGAACGGCGCCGCCGCCGCCGGGCAGCCCUCCGGGAUGGGCCGCGCCAACGAGCCGGCCGCCCACAGGGAGAAGGCCCCGCGCCGGAGCUCGCUGGACGGGCUCGGGGGCGUCGAGCCGGACGGAGGAGCAGCAUGCGGCGGCGGCGGGAAGGCCCGAUCCGAGCAGGACUGGCCCGGGAAGGCCAGGACGGUGCGGGACACUCUCCUGGCGCUCCACCAUCACGCUCAUCCCGGCCCCUUCGAGCCCAAGCCGAAGAAGGAGCCGGGCCUGGGUCCGCCCAGGGCUCUGCUGGCCUUCGAGGUCAACGGCGCCGCCCUCGCACCCAAGCCAGUUCCCCGCCCGGCCCGGAAGAGGAAGGCGUCCCCGGAGCCGGAGGGGGAGGCCGGCCCCCCGAAGCUGAACCCCGCCGCGCACCGGACCCCGCCGCCCGCCGCCGCGGGCCCGGACGGCCCGUCCCCCAUGGCGGCCCUCAUCCUGGCGGCGGACCACGCGGGGGGCCCCAAGGACGGCGGCCCGAGGAGGCCGGGGGAGCCGGCCCACCCCGCCGCCGCCGCCGCCGCCGCGGCCCUGUGCUGCACGCUGUGCCGCGAGCGGCUGGAGGACACCCACUUCGUGCAGUGCCCCUCCGUCCCCUCGCACAAGUUCUGCUUCCCCUGCUCCAGGCAGAGCAUCAAGCAGCAGGGCGCCGGCGGCGAGGUGUACUGCCCCAGCGGCGACAAGUGCCCCCUGGUCGGCUCCAGCGUCCCCUGGGCCUUCAUGCAGGGCGAAAUCGCCACCAUCCUCGCCGGGGACGUCAAAGUGAAAAAGGAGAGGGACCCCUGACUCUCCCCCCACCCCCUUAAAAAAAGCCCCCCUCGUCACCCUCAACCACGACCGCUUCCGUCCCCGGCGAUCGCUCUCCCCCGUCCCGCCGCGUAUAUGCGUGCGUGCGUGCGUAUACAUAUCUAUCCAAGAAAAGGGAAACACAGACUUCAUAAACACGGCUGCCUAAUUUCGAGUUUGGAGGCUGGGGGGAACACGUUGUGCGUCCGCUUUUUUUACUUGGGGGGAAUACCCUGCGUUUCCGGUUCUUUCUUUGGGAGUACCUUGUGUUUCUGGCUCUUCCGCGGGGGGACGCGGCGAAAAGGUGUGUACUUCUCAUAAAGGCACCCCCCUCUUCGGUUCACGUUGUCGAGCGGGUCGCCGUCGGGCUUUUAGUUCCCCGGCGACGGGUCCGCGGAGGCCGUCGGUCAAUCAGUCGAUCGUAUUUAUUGAGCGCUUCCUAUGUGCAGAGCA